GCCUCGGGCCCCCGGGCCGAGUGGGCGGGCACGACUGCGCCCAGGUCGCGAGGCGCCCUUCGACCAGCAGCGCCCGGGGCGGGCGGGUAUAAAUGGAGCGGUGGCUCCCUCGGCCGCCUCUCUCCGCCCCGGGUCGCUGCCGCCUCCGCCGCUUUCGGGCUUCGCAGCCUGAGGAAAAAAAGAGAAAAAGAUAAAAAAAAUCUGAAAACGCUUCAAAAUCCUGAAAAAAAAAAGGAAAAGAAAAAACGAAUCCUCGGAGAACCCGCGGGGAAGUCACUUUCGUACGCUUCCGGCCUGCCCCGCGCCCGCCGCCGCAGCGCUUGGCGUCCGUCGGUCUGCGUCCGUCGGUCUCCGUCCGUCGGUCCGGGGGUGAGCCGCCCGCCCGGCCCGCCGUGCCCUCCCCCCGCUCGGGCCCCGAGCCCCGCGCCCGCCCCGGCGCACCACGUGUCCGUGCUGCCCUUCGCCGCCCGCCCGGGGCUCGCUGAGUCGGCGCCCACAAAGAUUUGGUUUCCCUCUGCCCCGGCGGUUGUAAUCUUAAACCGCCGGAGCCCGAGGCCUAUAUUUAUAGAGAAACGCGUGUCCCCGAGGCCGCCGUGGGCAGCGUCCGGUCGCCUCUUAAAGGAUUUUUACCCUUCGGAAGGGGAUUCCCCGUUUAAUUUUUUUCCUACUUUGAUUUUUUGAAAUUUGGAGCUUCGCACCAGGACCGCGGAGAAGUGCAAAGUCGCGGGGAGGGCCGUAUUGUGCGGAGAGCCUUUUGUCUGCGGUGCUGCGGCCGUGGGAGCCGGCCCCCGCCUCCCGUUUCCGUCCCGUCUCCGAGCCCGCCGACUCCAGCUCGUCCUCGCCGCGCCGGUGCCACCUGUGAGCCGCGGCGCGGGCCCGGGCUCCGAGGGCGCCCCUUUUGUCCUGCGGCGGGCCCGAUAAGAAGUCCUCCUGGCGGGGCUCGGGGUGGUGGGGGGCGGGGAGAUGAACGCUGCGGCCAGCAGCUACCCCAUGGCCUCCCUAUACGUGGGCGACCUGCAUUCGGACGUCACCGAGGCCAUGCUGUACGAAAAGUUCAGCCCCGCGGGGCCUGUGCUGUCCAUCCGGGUCUGCCGCGAUAUGAUCACCCGCCGCUCCCUGGGCUAUGCCUACGUCAACUUCCAGCAGCCGGCCGACGCUGAGCGGGCUUUGGACACCAUGAACUUUGAUGUGAUUAAGGGAAAGCCAAUCCGCAUCAUGUGGUCUCAGAGGGAUCCCUCUUUGAGAAAAUCUGGUGUGGGAAACGUCUUCAUCAAGAACCUGGACAAAUCUAUAGAUAACAAGGCACUUUAUGAUACUUUUUCUGCUUUUGGAAACAUACUGUCCUGCAAGGUGGUGUGUGAUGAGAACGGCUCUAAGGGUUAUGCCUUUGUCCACUUCGAGACCCAAGAGGCUGCCGACAAGGCCAUCGAGAAGAUGAAUGGCAUGCUCCUCAAUGACCGCAAAGUAUUUGUGGGCAGAUUCAAGUCUCGCAAAGAGCGGGAAGCUGAGCUUGGAGCCAAAGCCAAGGAAUUCACCAAUGUUUAUAUCAAAAACUUUGGGGAAGAGGUGGAUGAUGAGAGUCUGAAAGAGCUAUUCAGUCAGUUUGGUAAGACCCUAAGUGUCAAGGUGAUGAGAGAUCCCAAUGGGAAAUCCAAAGGCUUUGGCUUUGUGAGUUACGAAAAACACGAGGAUGCCAAUAAGGCUGUGGAAGAGAUGAAUGGAAAAGAAAUAAGUGGUAAAAUCAUAUUUGUAGGCCGUGCACAAAAGAAAGUAGAACGGCAGGCAGAGUUAAAACGGAAAUUUGAACAGUUGAAACAGGAGAGAAUUAGUCGAUAUCAGGGGGUGAAUCUCUACAUUAAGAACUUGGAUGACACUAUUGAUGAUGAGAAAUUAAGGAAAGAAUUUUCUCCUUUUGGAUCAAUUACCAGUGCUAAGGUAAUGCUGGAGGAUGGAAGAAGCAAAGGGUUUGGCUUCGUCUGCUUCUCAUCUCCUGAAGAAGCAACCAAAGCAGUCACUGAGAUGAAUGGACGCAUUGUGGGCUCCAAGCCACUAUAUGUUGCCCUGGCCCAGAGGAAGGAAGAGAGAAAGGCUCACCUGACCAACCAGUAUAUGCAACGAGUGGCUGGAAUGAGAGCACUUCCUGCCAAUGCCAUCUUAAAUCAGUUCCAGCCUGCAGCGGGUGGCUACUUUGUGCCAGCAGUCCCACAGGCUCAGGGAAGGCCUCCAUAUUAUACACCUAACCAGUUAGCACAGAUGAGGCCUAAUCCACGCUGGCAGCAAGGUGGGAGACCUCAAGGCUUCCAAGGAAUGCCAAGUGCUAUACGCCAAUCUGGGCCUCGUCCAACUCUUCGCCAUCUGGCUCCAACUGGUAAUGCUCCGGCCUCUCGUGGCCUCCCUACUACCACUCAGAGAGUCGGGUCUGAGUGCCCGGACCGCUUGGCUAUGGACUUUGGUGGGGCUGGUGCCGCCCAGCAAGGGCUGACUGACAGCUGCCAGUCUGGAGGCGUUCCCACAGCUGUGCAGAACUUAGCGCCACGCGCUGCUGUUGCCGCUGCUGCUCCCCGGGCUGUUGCCCCCUACAAGUACGCCUCCAGUGUCCGCAGCCCUCAUCCUGCCAUACAGCCUCUGCAGGCACCCCAGCCUGCGGUCCAUGUGCAGGGGCAGGAGCCACUGACUGCCUCCAUGCUGGCUGCAGCACCCCCCCAGGAACAGAAGCAGAUGCUGGGAGAACGCUUGUUCCCACUCAUCCAAACAAUGCAUUCAAAUCUGGCUGGGAAGAUCACGGGAAUGCUGCUGGAGAUAGACAACUCUGAGCUGCUGCACAUGUUAGAGUCCCCCGAGUCUCUCCGCUCCAAGGUGGAUGAAGCUGUAGCAGUUCUACAGGCUCAUCAUGCCAAGAAAGAAGCUGCCCAGAAGGUGGGCGCUGUUGCUGCUGCUACCUCUUAGACAAGGAAAAACCGAUUCAAAAGCCAAAUAACCCCUUAUGGAAUUCAACUCAAGGUUUGAAGACUUCCUAGCUUGUCCUAUGGACCUCAACACCAAGGAUUACAAAUUGCAAAUUUAAUAGGUCAUUUUGUAUCAAAAGGUCAAUUAUGAAGCACCUAGAAUUUUUCAAUUAUACGAAUAUGUUCUUUGGGUUCUGCUGUGGCCCAGACAGUGUUAACUUUUUUUUUAUUGUGGGUUUUGAUUUUUUCCCCCAGAAAUUGGUUUUAUUUGAUGUACCCAAGUCUUACGUUUCCCAAUAAAGAAAAAAAAUCUCCAUAAAA